AUGGCCUUCAAGCCGCUAGCGGGUGGUGAAAGCAAGGGGGAGAAACCCCUCCAUGGCACUAACGUCUCCUUUUCUUCCACGGCCUCGGCGGAGGGGCGCGGUGGCGCGGCAGUGAGAACGCGAAGAAUAGCGAGGGCCUUUGUUUGCUCAUCGGUGGUGGCGACGGCAAUUUUCGCGGCAUCCAUGGUUCUUUUUCUGCUUGCGUCAGCAGAGAUGUUCAAAAAAAACCGCCCAAGACGCAUCUCAUUGGCGGCAGGAGACUAUUGGUUCGUCUACGAGAAGGUGCAGUUAAUUGGGGAAGGCGGAAGCAGGCGGAGCGAAAAAGAAGUUGCGUUGCCUUACAAUUUACACCGUGUCACGUGUGUGUGGGAAAUACAACCAACUGUUGCAGGUGCAGGAACAAGUGCAACAAAGUCGCAGAGGUCGCUUGUGUUUUUUGUACACGGAAAUGCGGGGUCAUACACGGAUCCCUCUCGACUGAGCUGUGCUAUGUCUCGAGAGGCCAACUUUAAAGGAGAGCUGUAUGCGUUUGAUUUUCUGCAUCAGGCGAACAUUCACCGUGGUAAGCUACUUCAGCAGCAGGCGGCAUUUGUCGCCGAGACGCUAGCGUCACUGCAAAGAAGGAGUGUACUGAAGCGUCUUACGGACAACACAGUUCUGCACGGGGCAGAGACGCUGAAAAGCAGAGCUACGCCUGAGAACCAAGACGGCGCAAUUUCUAUAUGGAUUGUCGGUCACUCUAUGGGUGGUGUGGUUGCACGUCUGGCGGUGGAGAUGCUGCGGAGUUCGGGAAGCUCUAUUUUUAUUGAAAGCAUCAUCACGCUCAACUCGCCGCAUCGAUUUCCUCCCAUUUUUUUAGAUAAUUCCAUGUUGAGCGUCUACAAGACCCUCUGGCAGCCGCCUUAUAAGAACUCAGCGCUAAACCUGUCGCGACGUCACUCACCGCGUUUCUACUCUGUCACCUCAGGCGCAUUGGACCUUCAGGUGGAGCCGUGGCUGACAAAUCUCAAUAGAACGGGGGAUGGGCCAUCAACAGACGUGAUGUUUCGCACCGAUGACCCAAAUGUUUGUGGAAGGGUCUUCUCGCACACAGAUGCUUUGCGCGACCACUGCGUGGUUGAAUUUCUCACUGGUGUCAUUGCAAAUAGAUCAGUUAGGGAGCAUGAUGUAAAAACUUCUGCUACCCCAGUGUAUCCCACAGUUCCCACUGGAGACUCAGUCUUAUUGUGGUGGGCAGAACUGAGUGUGAAGAGUCACACGCUUCCUGCGCUUUUAUUAUCAUUUUACACCGUACUGGUACUUUCCGCCAUUCACCCAACGGUGCUACGUCUACUGCUACAAUGUAGCAGUAAGUCGGCCUAUCGCGUCUUUGGUUUUCUUUGGUGGCAUCAACUGGUGAUGCUGCUGCGGAUAACCACGAUGGGGGGCGUGGUGCUUGCUGCUCUUCUCAUAGGUAUUGUUGGCCAGCUCCUCCUCGUGCAACUUCGCUGUUGUUUGCUUCCUUGGUCUGACAUGUGCAGCCUGCCCUGGGUCGCUGACGACCUUGUCUGCAGCGCUGAAACACGCUGGGGUCAUUUGCCAUUACUGUUUAUCGCCUGGCUUGGUCCAGCACUUCUAGGGUCAUGGGCGGGCGUGGUAGCUUAUUGUCUUCUUCGUGGCUGGUUACGGCUAAGCUUGCGUGUGUGGACGGUGUUGCGCUCAAUGUGCCUUUCCAGGUUUCAUAUUUUAUCUGAUUCUCGCUCAGCGGGUGUGUGGCGCCACUUGGUUCUGCUGCUGUACCCUAUCACCGUGAUUGUGUGUACCGCUUCGUUGGAGCUCUAUCAACGCAACUUUGUGUGGCUUGGCUUUAUAUUAUUCGUGAUGCCACUUUGUGUUGCGAUGGAGAAUGGUAGCGGUGCCAAUUCCUACCCUGUCAUGUGCAUAGACGCUUCCGUUCCCGUGGCUGUCUACGCCUGGUUAUGUACCCUCCAGCUUCAGUCUUUUCUUGCUUGGCGAAACAAAUGGGUAUCAGGCAUGACUGAAACCAAAAAUAUCGUGGAUGAGGGAAGUCAUAUCCCUGAGAUAUUACUUCAUCUUAUUGUGUGUACGUACUUAGUAUGGCCUAUUCGGCACUUGUUUGAUCUUCGAAAGAGUGGGGAUUCUUUGCGUUUUCAAUUCCCUCCCGUUAUUGGAUCAAUUUUUUGCGUGGUUGUGCUAAGCGCCUUCGUCGUUAUCUACAUGUCGCUUCUUGCCAUGAACAGAGUCUCCGUAGAGGCGUUCCGUGUUGUGUGGGUGCUUCUGUGGGGGUUUCCCGCCUUUCUCUUUGCAAGCACGCUGGGCUCCGACGAUGCGGUCGCUGUGUCGGCUGCCCCUCCAUCCGUCGCGACUAGCUGA